AUGAUCGUACCGGCUAGUCUGGGUCGCGUUGCUGUUUAUUUUGUUUUGUUUUUCAGGCUUGGGAAUUUGGCGAAUAUCCGUCUGGCAAUGGUACUGCUGACGCUGAUCGCUCGAUCGGCCGAUGGGCUCAUCCUGGCCACAUCAAUCGAAGGAAGCGAUGAGCCUGAUCAUAAUAUGGUCAAAUAUACGAAUCAAGCGAAAAUGCUUUUUCGUAAACUGAAUGCA